AUGCCUGGUUUCGAUUUCUCAAACUACAACCGCAAUGCGGCCCUCCAUGCUCGAGGAGUGCCUCUUCCCAAGGCCACCAGCACCGGAACAACUAUCGUGGGAUGCAUAUUCGAUGGUGGCGUUGUGAUUGCUGCCGAUACUCGAGCUACAUCCGGCCCCAUCGUCGCCGACAAGAACUGCGAGAAGCUUCAUUAUAUCUCGCCUCAAAUUUGGUGCGCUGGUGCCGGUACAGCCGCCGAUACCGAGUUCACCACCGCCCUUAUCUCCUCCCAGCUCGAGCUGCACUCCCUAUCCACAGGCCGUAAGCCCCGCGUUGUCACCUGCAUGACCCUUCUGAAGCAGCACCUCUUCCGCUACCAGGGCCACAUCGGUGCCUACCUCGUUGUUGCUGGCGUCGACCCCACCGGCACCCACCUCUUCACUGUCCACGCUCACGGCAGCACGGACAAGCUCCCCUACGUCACCAUGGGUAGUGGUAGCUUGGCAGCCAUGAGUGUCUUCGAGACGCAGUGGAAGCCCGAUCUUACCGAAGAGGAUGCCAUCAAGCUGGCAAGCGAUGCCAUCCUGGCUGGUAUCUGGAACGAUCUGGGAUCCGGUUCCAACGUGGACGUUGCCAUCAUCACCAAGGACAAGACAACACUCAAGAGAAACUACAUCACUCCUAACCAGAAGGAACCUAAGCUGCAGAGCUACCGCUUCGCGAAGGGUACGACAGCGGUGUUGAACGAGAAGAUCAUCAAGAAGGACGAGAUUAAGAGGUACAUCAGCGUGGAAGAGGUACAUGUUGAGGAGAAGAUGGACGUCGACACCUAA